AUGACAACGUUUGCCAUCGACAAUAACCAAGUAUUGUGGAUAGUAUUAAGUGACGAGAUGAUGAAGCGCUGUCCUCUCUCGAUUGCCUUGUUCAGCUUCUUCUCGAACAAGCUUAAUGUGUGCGCUACCUUCGCUGAGGAUAAUGAUCUCGAAGGUUCGGGAGAAGCUCUCGGUGAAGCACCGGGAGGAAAUGAUGAGGAAUUUGAAGAUGAAUCGAAAACGGAUUCUGAAAAUGCAGACACAAAAUGCAAAGAUCGUCAUGAUUUAUGCAAGUUCUGGUCGUCGAUUGGCGAAUGUUCGUCAAACAAAGAUUGGAUGGAAGACCAUUGCCCGGUUUCGUGCGAUGUUUGCAGUGGUGUUACUGCGUGCAUCGACAGACAUCGACUCUGCAAUUUCUGGGCGACUAUUCGCGAAUGCGAGACGAACGCCGUUUGGAUGUUGUCGAAUUGCCCAAAGGCAUGCAAAGCUUGUAAAGGUAGAGCAAUUACGAGCGGAGGAACUGGACCAGGAGGGACUUUCAGAGAAGAAGACUGCACGUUUAUUACAACAAACGAGGACACUUCUUCAAGAAAGACUUUGUCGAUUCGUGAUGUUCGUGAUUCGAACAUGAACUUCAACUGUGCUCCGACUCAGCAGGUCCCGAAUUGCAACAAAAACUUGUGCUACCAUUUGAGGUAUCGCACGUUUGACGGAACAUGCAAUAAUUUUCAACGUCCGAUGAGCGGAUCAGCAUUCUCAGCUCUAAUGCGUCUUAAAGAUCCAAUGUAUGAUGACGGGCUGAAUGCGCCAACUUCUUCAUUCUUAAGAAGUCGUCCAUCGGCGAGAGAUGCUUCCAGACUUCUACUAUCAUCAUCGACUCAGAUUCAACAUCAUUCAAAUGCUCUUCUUAUGCAAUGGGGACAAUUUAUUGCUCAUGACUUGUCUAAAACUACAAUGCUCAAUAAUCAAGAAUGCGCGGCUUGCACUUCAAACAAGGGCCGAUGCACAUCAGUUUUCUUGUCUCGUUCGGACCCAACAUUCGGUCGAUUCAUGUGCCUUCCAGUCGCCAGAUCUACACCUGUGUGUGGUACUGGUGUCACAAAUUUCCGAGAGCAAUACAAUGAGAAUACCGCUUUCAUCGACGGAUCAAUGAUUUAUGGAAGCAGCGAUCGCGAUCAAUUCCUGUUCCGGCAAGGCGCAUUCCUCAAAACGAAAUUGAUCAAUAACAGAGUUUUCCCACCAGUUGACAAGAACAACAAUGUGGUUGCCGGUGAUGAUAGAGCCAACAUUUUCGUCGGAUUGGCAUCGCUUCAUGUGCUAUUCCUUCGCCAGCAUAACCGAAUCGCGGCGACUUUGCAGCGAGUGAACCCACAUUGGGAUCAAGAACGCGUCUUCCACGAGUCUCGUAAAAUCCUAGGAGCUAUGAUUCAGAGAAUCACUUAUCAUGAAUAUUUGCCAAAAGUUUUGGGAGCUGCAUUCGAGGAAAGAAUUGGCAAAUAUCCCGGAUAUGAUCCGAAUAUUGAUCCAUCGGUUGCUAAUGAGUUUACGAGUUGCGCGUUCAGAUUUGGACACGGAAUGAUUCAGGAGUUUUACCCAUUCUUGAACGAGCGAUACCAACAUGUUGGUGGAAUUCCAUUCAACGAUGGAAUGUUCAAAUCAACGCAUAUUUUGACAAACGGAAUCGAUCCACUUCUUCGAGGUUUGAUGACACUUCCAGCCAAAAUGCCUCAAAGAUUGACGCCGGCGGUUACGGAAAGAAUUUUUGGAAACUCUGAUUUGGGAUCAAUCAAUAUUCAACGCGGAAGAGAUCACGGAGUUCCGCCGUACACCGUCUGGAGAAAAUUCUGCGGAUUGUCGCCUGUUAAAGAUUUUGACGACUUGAAAACUGUGAUUACUAAUCAGGUGGUGAUUGAUAAUUUGAAGGUUAUCUACAAGCAUGUUGAUGCUAUCGACAUGUAUGUUGGAUCACUUCUUGAGGAUCCAGUGAAAGAUGCACUCGUCGGACCAACCAUCGCCUGUAUUAUUGGGGAGCAGUUCAAGAGAACUAGAAAUGGAGACAGAUUGUGGUACGAGAAGGAAAAUGUGUUCACCUUUGAGCAGUUGAGACAAAUCAAGAAAAUCACAAUUUCAAGAAUUCUGUGUGACGCUGGCGAUCAUUUUUCAAUGGCUCCUUUAAAGGGAUUUAAUGUCUUCAAACCAAAUACAAAUGGCGGAUUAGUCAAAUGCGAGGAAAUUCCAGAUGUAGAUUAUAAUGCAUGGAAGGAGGAGUUGUCAGUAUAA